AGGGCCAAAGCACAAAGUGUUCAGGAGUUUGAAAGUGAACUCGUUCUGGGUCAGAAUGAGUCAUUGCUAGGAAGGUUCUCAAAAUGGAUGGCUGGAAACUUCUUCUUCUUCUUCUCCUCUAUGUUUCCACCUGCUCUAUAGAUGCUCAGGAGACUGAUUGCAACAUAGACCUUUCUAUAGCAGUUGACACUUCCAGGCGCAUGCAACCAGCACCCACAGUGCUUCUGAAACAGAGAUUGCAAGCAUUCCUCCCUAGACUUUUACUCCAGAUGAAAUCAUUACCAAAUACCAGCUGUAAUGCUCCAGUCAACAUUAGAUUCAAGUUCCAAGUAUUGGCACAGAACAAACAAUUCAUCUUUGACUCUGGUUUUGAAGACUAUAAUGAAGAGAUCAUCCAGAAGUUCUUAGAUGCACAGGCCACUGUGGACACCUACCUGAAUACAGACUUCUUGCAGGCACUUGAGGAGAAGUUCUUUAAUGUGACCUCUGCUGAAGUUAAGGUUCUGUUAGUAUUUUCAGAUGGGUUGGAUGAUUCACUGGAAGAUCUCAGGAAAGCAUCUGACUCGCUUCGCUUUAAAGGUCUUGAUGCACUCCUAUUAGUUGGCCUGGACAAUACACAGAACUUGACUGAAUUUUGGGAAAUAGAGUUUGGCAGAGGGUUUGGAUACAACGAACCUCUGAGUGUUGGGUUUGCAGAGAUUGCAAGCAUCUUGCAGAGAAACCUUGAUACUGUUGCAGAAAGGAAAUGCUGUAAGGUUAUUUGUAAAUGCCUUGGAGAAAAUGGUGAUCGUGGUGUCCGAGGAAGUCCAGGAAGUAAGGGAAGUACAGGUUACAGAGGAUCUCCUGGCCAUCCUGGUGAGGAAGGUGGGGUUGGGGAGAGAGGCCCAGCUGGUUUCACUGGGACUCAAGGAGACAGGGGUUGUCCAGGUGCUAGAGGCCAUAAGGGGACCAGAGGCUACAGAGGAAAUCAGGGUGAAUAUGGUGAGAGUGGAUUUGAUGGCACUGAUGGAGAGCAGGGAGAACAGGGAUUUCCUGGACUUUCUGGAGAGAAAGGCAACAGAGGAAAAUGGGGCAGAAAAGGCCCCAGAGGAGAACCAGGUGAACGAGGAGAAUCUGGUCUAAGAGGAGAUCAUGGAGAUCCUGGGGCUAACAAUACUGUUAGUGGUCCUAAGGGUGAAAAAGGAAGCCUAGCAUCGCAGGGUGAUCCAGGCCCACAUGGACUCCAAGGAGAGCAGGGUGAUGCUGGCCCUGAUGGUGCAGCAGGUCGAAGAGGCCCUCCAGGUAUAAAGGGUGAGCAAGGAGAUCUGGGGGAAGCAGGUUACCCAGGAGAGACUGGUCUUCCAGGCCCACAGGGCCCAAGAGGACCACAAGGGAUCAGAGGACCUCCAGGACCACAAGGCAUGCCAGGCCCUCUGGGUGGUCUGGGGCCCCCAGGUUCACCUGGCUCUGUUGGAAAGUUAGGUACAAGAGGAGCAAAGGGUGAACCUGGUGACCCUGGAGAGAAGGGCCCAGCUGGACCACCUGGACAGAGAGGCAUGCCUGGCAUGGAUGGCAGAGAUGCCUAUGGUCCUGAAGGAAGCAAAGGAGCAAAGGGAGAAUCUGGGUUCAUAGGAUAUCCUGGUCCGGAGGGAGAAGAUGGAGACCCGGGCAUUCCAGGAGCUGAAGGACCCAAAGGAAUUAGGGGUAGAAGAGGUAAUGCUGGCAUACCAGGUUCCCUGGGAGAUCCAGGAGAUCAAGGGCCAUCAGGACCUAUGGGUGCCAAGGGACCAGUGGGCACCAUUUUAAUGGAACCUUGUGAACUUGUGAAUUUUACAAGAAAAAACUGCCCUUGUUCAUCAGAUUUUCUGCUUCAACAUACAGACACAUGUCCAGCUUACCCAACUGAGGUGGUGUUUGCCUUCGAUAUGUCUGACGGUGUUACACCAGCUGCAUUUGAAAGGAUGAGGAACAUUGUCACGUUGUUGCUGAAGGCCAUGAAGAUCAGCGAAAGCAAUUGCCCAACAGGCGCUCGCGUCUCCGUUGUUUCUUUCAACACCAAUAUGCGCUAUCUCAUCCGAUUCUCGGAAUUCCAGAAAAGCAACUUGCUGCAACAAGCAGUCCAGAGGAUACCUCUGGAGAGAUCCACUGGAAAGCGAAAUAUUGGGGCGGCCAUGAGAUUUGUCGCGAGAAAUGUCUUCAAACGUGUUCGUCAGGGCAUCCUCACAAGAAAAGUAGCCCUGUUUUUUGCCAAUGGUCCAUCUCAGGAUGAUGUUGCCAUCAACACAGCUGUGCUUGAGUUGAGUGCCUUGGAUAUCACUCCAGUGGUUAUUGCCUUCAGUGAAGUGCCAAAUGUCAGGCGUGCUUUCUCAAUUGAUGACACUAGAAGAUUUCAGUUAUUUGUUUGGGAAAGACAACAGGAUGAAAGUUUGGAGGACAUCACAUAUUGUACACUUUGUUUUGAUAAAUGCAAACCAAGAGCCAACUGCGAGGUGCCCUUUUCUCCCCCAGUUCUCAUGGACAUGGAUAUCACUUACAUCAUGGACAGCUCUCGCAGUGUCAGCAGUGAAGAGUUUCAGAGAGCCAAAGACUUUGUGAGCAACAUGCUGGAUCAGUUUGUUGUUUCCUCCCAGCCAAAUGAAUCCUACGGAGGCAUCAGAGUGGCACUGGUGCAGCAAGCUCCUAGGGGCUUCCUGCCUGACAGAAACCAGACACCUGUGGCCUUGGAGUUUGAUCUAGUUACAUACAGCAAUAAAGAUUCGAUGAAGAAACACAUCCAAGAGUCUGUUCACCAACUGGAAGGGCCAUCAGCCAUUGCCUCUGCUCUACAGUGGACAGUUGAAAACGUAUUCUUUAAAGCCCCCAGACAAAGGAAACACAGGGUCAUAUUUACAAUAGUUGGAAGCAAAACAAGCACGUGGGACAGAGAGAGGCUGAAAGAGAUUUCACUCGGAGCCAAGUGCCAAGGAUUCACCUUGUUCACUCUUGCACUGGGCAGUGAUGUGAGUGACAAUGAGCUAAUGGAGCUGCCAAGCUCCCCCACAGAGCAGCACUUGCUGACACUGGGCAGGGUUUCCACAGCGGAGAUGGUGUACGCUCAGAGGUUUAGCCGGGCAUUUCUAAAUCUUCUGCAAAAAGAAGUGAACAGUUAUCCUCCACCUGAACUUCAAGAAGAGUGCGAAAACUUAGAUCGGGGAGACAUACAACAGCAAGUGUCUGUGAUUGAAAGGAUGCCUUUUCCUGGAAUGGCUGAACUUGGUUCCAGUCAUGAUUUAGAAGACACCGAAAAAACUGAAAGUAGAGUCAUGAAGAGUAUUAAAGAGAACACCAAAGAACUUGUAUACACAAUGCCAGAAAUGAGAUAUGAUUAUGAGGAGAAGAAUGAAUAUUUCGCAGAUGGAGCUGCUGCAAGAGAAAAGCCACAAGAGUGUGGAGAAGCUCAGGAGAACAAGGAAAACUUAGAUUCAACACUAGAAACUAGAACUGCCUGUAAUGAUUAUGAUGCAUGUGACCUUGUUCAAGAUAGUGGAGAAUGUCAGAAUUACGUUUUGAAGUGGUACUACGACAAAGAGCAGAAAAUGUGUGGUCAGUUCUGGUAUGGGGGCUGUGGAGGCAAUAGAAAUAGAUUUGAAACACAAGAAGAAUGUGGAUUCUUGUGUAUAGAGUCUUCCUAGAGCAGACACACUUUAAUUACUUUAAUUCUUCUUUUAGACUAUCAGGGUGAUGUGGAAAAGGGAUUCAAAAGAAGGCUUUACAUAGCCACUUGGCUCCCAUGUUUCAGUUGAAAGAAAUACUUGCUUAUAAAGUUAUUACCUGGUGACUUAAUUGUGAAAAUUAAAAUUUAAGCUAUUACCCCAUUGAUCUCAUAUAACAUGCUGAGUACUGAGAAAUUUGUUAGCCAACAGCAGAUUGUUUAAAAGGCAUGGAGGUAUUGAAACUUGACUUUCUUCCAUAUAUACCAAAAUGUGCACUUCCUCAAUAUGCUCCAUAAAAUAAAACAAUACCUCAGAGAUUUUCGUGAAGUAACUUUGGAUGCAAGACACUAAAGCCAAAAUGUUUCGAUGUGUUUGCUUACAUUUAUCCUGUUUAUAGAAAAUACCAGAAAGCAUUUAGAUCUCAAAUCUAGGACUAGUGAAAUAGUCCUAGGACUUAUUUCACUCUGUUUUAAAGGAUUUUCUACCACAGAGUCAUUCUUGGCUUCUUAAUUAUUUUUUUUUCUGAAUAAUCCAACAUGUGAA